UUUCAUUAGUCUGUUGUUGAGUUUAACUGUUCUUCCUUUGACUGUUUUGUUACACUGUAGCUGGAAUGAGGCAAAAAAACAAACAAAACAAUUACACCAUUAUUUUUCAUAGCACAGGCCAACAACAGUGAUGUUGUCAGAAGCUGGAUGUGUGUUGAUGGUUUACAUUCUCAGCAUCUCAGGUGUUGAAGGAAAACCAACGAUCAUCUGUGCUUUGAGAAGUUCAUCAGUGAAUCUGAACUGCUCAGCUUCACAUUCAGCUGCAAACAUGAAAUGGUACAUUGUGUACAUGAAUAAUACAGAAUAUGUUCAUAAAGAUCUCUCUGUGCAUGAAAAUCAUGAAAGGAUGAGACUAUCAGAAAAUGGUUUAACUCUGACAAUCAGAGAUCUAACAGAGAGUGAUGGAAAACAUUACUGCUGCAGUGAAUCUACUCCAGAUAAAACAGACAGCUGCCCACACAACAGUAUUCAGCUCCAGGUUGCAGAUCUUCAGGUAAAGGUGUUUCCUGCCACAGAGGGACAGAAAGUAACUCUGAUGUGCACAACCAGCUGUCUUCUGACUGAAAGCCCUGCAGCCUUCAUCUGGUACAAGAACAGAAAGUUCCUCUAUGAGGACUGGUCCCCCUGGUACCAAGAGCUGGUCAGCAGUGAUCAGGCAGUCAGAUACUCCUGUGCUAUCAAAGGCUACGAGGACCUCAGAGCUCCUGAGGUCUCAGUGGAUUCUGUCACAUGGAACUGCUUCAGUGUGACCUACGCUGAAGGCAGAAUGUGUUCCUACAAACAGACAUCAGAGAAACAGUCCUGCUCCAUCACAUUUCCCACAGAACUUCAAGUUGAAAGGACAGAAGCACAGAAAGACAAUUUUAGACUAACGUGUAACUCCAACUGUUCUCUUACUGACCUUCAACCUUCCUUUCAGUUGUAUAAAAACACACAACGUGGUUUACAGAAAGUUGAUCAGAAAGCUUUUGUUACCAGAACAUCAUCAGAGAGCUUUUUCUGUUCUGUGGAGGAUCUUAAGGAUCUGCUCUCUAAUGAAGUUUGUGUUGAUGGUAACGACUGCUCUAGUGUGAAUUAUGUGAGCAGGAGAAUCUGUGGCCUGAAGGGUUCAUCAGUGAACAUCUCCAGCAUUUACUCACUUCCUGGAAACCUACAGCCACAGACUAAACUCUGGUUUAAAGAGAAGAUAAAUAUGAAGCAGGAAACAGAACAGCUGAUGGAGGAUAAAGAUGAUGUGAAGAAUCUGGACAACAUGAAGAACCAACACAUCCUCAGAUUAGACAACCUGGAUGAGAAGGACAGGAGAAUAUAA